AUGGCACCUCCUCAGGAAGCUCUCGACUUUGUUGACUUUGUCAAUGCGUCGCCUACUCCCUAUCACGCCGUCCAGUCAGCUUCUGCCCGUUUCGAGAAGGCUGGCUUCAAGCUCAUCCGCGAGCGCGACUCGUGGGCUUCAACCCUUCGACCUGGCGGCAAAUACUACCUUACUCGCAAUGCAUCCACUAUCGUCGCCUUCACCAUCGGCCGAAAGUGGCGUCCCGGCAACCCUGUCGCCAUCGUUGGCGCUCAUACCGAUUCUCCUUGUCUUCGAUUGAAGCCUGUUUCCAAGAAGACCAACGUUGGCUUCCUCCAGAUCGGUGUCGAGACAUAUGGUGGUGGUAUCUGGACCUCAUGGUUCGAUCGUGACUUGAGUAUCGCUGGUCGUGUCUUGGUCAAGGAGGGUGACAACUUUGUACAGAAGCUUGUCAAGGUCGAUAAGCCUCUGGUCCGAAUUCCUACACUCGCCAUCCACCUCCACCGACAGACGAACUUCGAUCCCAACAAGGAAACCGAACUUUUCCCCAUUGCCGGACUUGUCGCAGCUGAGUUGAACAAGGGUACCAAGGAGGAGAAGCCUGAGGAGAAGAAGGAUGAAAGUGAGGAUAACGAGGACUUCAAGCCUUUGAAGGUUAAUACCGAGCGACACCACCCCCAGGUCCUCGACGUUAUCGCAGCUGAGGCAGGAGUCGAGGUCUCCGCAAUUGUAGACUUUGAGCUUGUGCUAUAUGACACGCAAAAGUCAUGCAUCGGUGGUCUUGCCGACGAGUUCAUCUUCUCUCCUCGUCUUGACAACCUUGGCAUGACGUACUGCUCAGUAGAGGGACUCAUCGAGUCUGUCAAGGACGAGUCCUCGCUCGAGGAUGACAGCACUAUUCGCUUAACCGUCUGCUUUGAUCAUGAAGAGAUUGGCUCUACAUCCGCUCAGGGUGCUAACUCUAACCUACUGCCGUCUGUUAUCCGCCGUCUUUCAGUCCUCCCAGGAAACCGGGAUGCCUCUAGUGAGGGCAGCUACGAGGCUGUUCACCACGAGGGCGAGGAGGCUACAGCAUACGAACAGACUCUAUCACGAUCAUUCCUCGUAUCCGCUGACAUGGCCCACUCUGUGCACCCUAACUACGCCGGCAAAUACGAGUCGUCGCAUCAGCCAGCCAUGAACGGUGGUACCGUGGUCAAGAUUAACGCCAACCAGCGAUAUGCCACCAAUUCGCCAGGAAUUGUUCUUAUUGAGGAGUGCGCUCGUACAGCCGGCGUUCCCCUUCAGCUGUUUGUUGUUCGUAACGACUCGCCCUGCGGUAGCACAAUUGGCCCUGGUCUUGCUGCUGCUCUGGGUAUGCGAACCCUGGAUCUCGGUAACCCGCAGCUCAGCAUGCACAGCAUUCGUGAGACGGGAGGUACUGCAGACGUCGGUUACGGUAUCCGGCUAUUUAAGGAGUUCUUUGAGAAGUAUGGAUCUUUGGAGCCCAAGAUCCUCAUUGAUUAA